AUGGCCAGCAUAGACACCUUGGUGCUUGGCUCCCCUGGCCCAUCCCCUGGCCCGACUACGGGACCGGGCCCUGGCAGUGGUGACAUGGAGGUGGACUGCUGGUUUGAUGAGGAAUUCAAGUUCAUCCUGCUCCCAGUGAGCUACGCUGUGGUCUUCGUACUGGGUCUGAGCCUCAAUAUCCCUACCUUGUUCCUUUUUCUCUUCCGCCUCCACCCCUGGGAUGCCACGGCCACCUACAUGUUCCACCUGGCGCUGUCCGACACCCUCUACGUGCUCUCACUGCCCACCCUCAUCUAUUACUACGCGGCUCGCAACGAUUGGCCUUUCGGGACUGGCUUCUGUAAGUUCAUCCGUUUCCUCUUCUAUUGGAACUUAUAUAGCAGUGUCCUGUUUCUGACCUGUAUCAGCGUGCACCGCUACAUGGGCAUCUGCCACCCACUGCGGGCCCUGCGCUGGGGCCGCCCGCACAUCGCCAGCCUCAUCUGCCUGGCCGUCUGGCUGACUGUGGCUGCCUGCCUGGUGCCCAACCUCUUCUUCGUCACCACCAGCACUCGCGGGGCCACCACCCUGUGUCAUGACACCACCAAGCCUGAGGCCUUUGACCACUAUGUCCAUUUCAGUUCUGCAGUCAUGGUUCUGCUCUUCGGGAUCCCCUUUCUGGUCAUCCUGGUGUGCUAUGGCCUCAUGGCCCGGCGACUGUGGAGGCCGCUGCCUGGCUCUGCUCAGUCCUCCGCCCGCCUCCGCUCCCUGCGCACCAUCGCUGUGGUCCUGACCGUCUUUGCCAUCUGCUUUGUGCCCUUCCAUAUCACCCGCACCAUCUACUAUGUGGCUCGCCUCUUGGAGGCGGAUUGUCAGACGCUGGGCAUCGUCAAUAUCACCUACAAGGUGACCCGCCCGCUGGCCAGUGCCAACAGUUGCCUGGAUCCUGUGCUCUACCUCCUCACGGGGGACAAAUACCGGCGACAGCUGCAGCAGCUCUGUUUCAGGAAGCCAAAGCAAGCCCGUGCAGUCUCCUCCCUAGAACUAGUAUCCCGGCCCGAGGAGAGUAGCUGCAGGUAG